AUGAGUAUGAGGCCAGAUGAUCACCGAAGGAAGUGGGACAAAGAUGAAUUCGAAAAAAUCGCUGCCGAACGGUUACAAGCAGAAUUAGAGGAAGAAGAGCAGUCAAAGAAAAAAGCGCCACCUGUUAAGAGAGAGCUUUUGAAGCAACGGGAGUACAAAGUAGACUUAGAUUCUAAACUAGGAAAAAGUGUAGUAAUUACAAAGAAUACACCAACUGCACAAUCUGGUGGUUAUUACUGUAAUGUCUGUGAUUGUGUUGUUAAGGACUCAAUCAACUUUCUUGAUCACAUCAAUGGCAAGAAACAUCAAAGAAAUCUUGGAAUGUCAAUGAAGAUUGAACGGAGCUCACUAGAUCAGGUAAAAUCGCGGUUUGCACUCAAUAAGCGUAAAUUAGAAGAAAAAAAGAAAGAAUAUGAACUGGACACUCGGCUAAAAGAAGCAGCAGAGGAGGAAGCAAGGCUGAAAGAGUUAAGGCGGGAACGCCGUCGUGAUAAGAAACGCAAGGUACAAGACGAUGACGAUAAUGAUGACGGUCCCGCCCAAUCUGAGCUUGCACAGAUUAUGGGAUUCUCAGGAUUUGGCGCAUCAAAAAAGUAG